AUGGAACUUUUUGAUAUGAUACCAUAUUCUAUUAGUAGUGUUUGUGAUUAUACCACAUCAGCAUCAUCAACCACUACUUCACCAACCAUUUCAGUUAUAGCUAGCAAUAGUAAUAAUAAUAACAAUAACAACAUUAAAUCAUCAUUUUUAAAUACAAGUAAUAAUAAUAUUGAAAUUAGACAUUCAAUUUCAACCCCAGCAACCCCAAUGACACAUAGCGUUACUUUUAAUUUAAAUCAACCAUUAAAUAGUAUUAGUAAUAACAAUAACAAUAACAACAAUAAUAAUAAUAAUAACAAUAACAAUAAUAAUAUAGAUAUUUCACCAUCAAUUUCGGGCCAAAAUAAUUACAAUAUUAUUAGUGUUUCACCAAAAAAUAUACCUGAUAUACUUAUACUUAGUAAAGAAUACCAAUAUUGUAAUACAACAUUUAUUAAUACAAAUAAUAAUUCAAAACAAGAUUAUAAUCCACUAAAACAUUUAUAUGACCCUCCAUCACAACCACAAACACCAACCCAACAAUCACAAUCAGCAUCAACACUUUUCGACAAUGGAGAUACUUUAAGUUUAAAUACUUCAACUUCUUCAACUACAACAUCAUAUAGCAAUGAACAAAGUUCAAAUUCAACCAACUUUGAUAUAGAGAACCCAACCCAACAAAGAAAAAGAAGCACAUCAUUCUCAAUGAAAAAUUUAAAUAUUCUUUCACAUCAAGUUGCUGGUCAAGCACCAUUAUUAAAAUUACCAGAUGGUAAAAUUUUAAAACCUUUAGUUCCUCAAGAAUAUCAGUUCUAUGAAUCAUUGAAAUAUCAUCAAGAGUUUAUUGGUUUCACCCCAAAGUUUUAUGGCAUACUCGAUUUAAAGAAUUAUGAUUUAAAAUAUUUAGAGGAGACAUUUAAAUCACAUAAUUGUAAUUCAAUCGAUUAUAACCAUUGGAGAAAUAAAACUAUAAAUUUACCAAAAGAUUGCCAAAAUUUGUAUAUUAAAAUUGAAGAUUUAACUUAUUUAUGUAAAUAUCCCUGUAUAUUAGAUCUUAAAAUGGGCACAAGACAACAUGGAGUCGACGCACCCAUCGAAAAAAUAAGGAAAAUGGAAGAGAAAUGUAAACUAACAACAUCUGCUCCAUUGGGUUUUAGAGUGUGUGGACUUAAAGUAUAUGAUCAAAAACAAGGUUCAUACACAACAUAUGAUAAAUUUUAUGGAAGAAAAUUAAAGGUUUCAGAUAUUCCAACAGUUAUUUGUAAAUAUGUAGACAAUGGUUUAAGACAUAGAACCGAAAUUUUAAGUGGUAUAGCGAAAAGAUUGUAUCAAUUAAUAUCACUCUUUGAAAGUCAAAAAUGUUUUAAACUUUAUGGGGGUUCUCUUUUAAUUAUCUAUGAUGGACAAAGUACAAAUCUUCAAGAUGCCAAAAUUAAUAUCAAAAUGGUCGAUUUUGCAAAUGCUUCACCUAAUCACAGUCACAACAAUAGCAACGAUGUUAAUACUUUAGAUGAAGGUUAUCUUUUUGGCUUGAAAAAUCUUUUAAAAAUAGUUAAUAAUUUGGUGCAAAUAUCGAACACAAAUAUAGGUGAAACCAUUUAA